UGCACGGAUCAACUGACUUAAAAGAACAUUUGGCAGCAAAUGUAGUUUUCUAUAUUGGCAGUUUGAAGUUAACAGGAUGAAUAAGGUGAUUUUGGUAACAGGAGCCAAUAGUGGCAUUGGCCUGGCACUGUGUGAGCGUCUCCUUUCAGUGGACACAGAGGGUCUCCAGCUUUGUCUGGCCUGCAGGAACAUGCGCAGGGCUGAAGCUGCUCACUCAGCUCUCCUCACCUCUCACCCCAAAGCCCAGGUGGCCCUGCUGCAGGUGGACACCAGCAGCAUCUCCUCCGUCAUUAGUGCUGCACAGGAGGUCAAAAAGAGGUACGACCGGCUGGACUACCUUUACCUGAAUGCAGGAAUCAUGCCAAAUCCACGGUUUGAUGUAAAUGCCUUUUUCAAAGGCCUCUUUUCCAGAAAUGUCAUCACAAUGUUUGCCACCGGUGAGGGCAUUCUGACACAGCAGGAUGGUGUUACCCCUGAUGGCCUCCAGGAAGUUUUUAUGACAAAUCUCUUUGGUCACUUUCUUUUUGUCAGGGAGCUGGAGCCAAUGCUGUGCCGUGCAGGCCGGACCUCCCAGCUGGUCUGGACCUCCUCUAGUAAUGCUCAUCGUUCGGCCUUUAGUCUCGAAGACAUUCAACAUAAAAAAGGCACUCAGCCUUACAGCUCUUCCAAAUAUGCCUCUGACCUGCUCAGCCUCACACUCAACACACACUACAAUAAACAGGGUUUGUACUCAUCUGUGAUUUGUCCUGGUUUUGUGAUGACCAAUCUGACCUACAACAUCCUGCCCUCCUUCCCAGCAUUCCUCUGGACACUGUUUACGCCUAUCUUCUGGCUUAUAAGAAUGUUCACAAACACUUUCACAUUGACACCUUAUAAUGGAGCUGAAGUUCUGUUUUGGUUAUUUAAACAAAAGCCUGAAUCGCUGGACCCAUAUGCAAAGUAUCACAGCUUAACAUCUGGGCUAGGGAACAACUACACACAGCCCCGUAAGAUGGACAUUGACUUGGAGACAUCGGAGUCUUUGUAUGAGAAAUUACUGCAGCUAGAAAGAGAAGUAAGGAAGAAACUGAAGGACGAACAAAAGGAAAGCCCACUGUGAUCCCCCAAAUCCUGCAGGAUCAUCUUGAUGCAGAUCACCCAGUUCUGGAUGGAAAACAUUUUAUUCCCGUCUCACAGGUCUCCUAGGAGGAUUAUGUGCUCUGGCUGUCAGAAAAAUAACACACCUCUACCUGUCACAGCAACCUGCAAGGCUGAAUUUUAAGUGGGAACUGAUGAGUGUGGUGCAUGUUGUGACAGCACACAUUUUCAUCUAACAAUACAAAUAAGCACUGCCUGUUGCACUAAUUCUUAUUCAGAGACUUAACAAAUUAUCAGAACCUACUAACACAGCUACUAACACAGUUUUGGAGUCUAAAUACACAGAAAUAAAUGUGAUCACCACUA